AUGUGCCGGAGGGAGAUGAACGUCACGGUCAGGAGCGAACGGGGGACGGGGUGGAACGAGAAUUUAGAAGAUUCGCCGUCUGUCCGUGGAGCGAAGGGAACUGAGUCAAUGGUACAGCUGGAGGAACUGGCCGCUGCCGACAGGAACAGGAAAGGCUGGUUACCUGAAAAUAUUGACGACAGGACUGAAGCCUCGGGCUGUACUGUGCCAAGGCAGAACAGAGCCCUGUCUGCGUGGGACCUGAUGCCAGUGUCGGCCGGUACCCUGAUGGAGCUGAAGGUGUGGGUGGAGGGUGUGCAGAGAGUGGUGUGUGGAGUGACCGAGGACACCAGCUGCCAGCAAGUCGUGAUCGCUCUGGCACAGGCUAUAGGUCAGACAGGCCGUUAUGUGCUGAUUCAGAGUUUCCAGGGCAGUGAGCGCCAGCUGAUGCCGACCGAGUGUCCAGUCCAGCUGCUGACCGCGUGUGGGCAGUCUGCCCGCGACAUCCAAUUCAUCCUGCGCCGUACUGGCCACACCGCCCCGGAGAACCCCAGCCCAGGACUCGCCCACGCCCGGCCCAAGAAGUCCCUGACCUUCAGUGGCGGGGCGCCGGAGCCCUCUCAGCGGGAGAAGUGGAAGUCCCGGGGGGCCAAAGCAGGCCCCCCCACCAAAGAGGACCUGGUCCAGCUGAUCCAGCGGCAGCAGCGGCAGCUCAGGGAGCUCGCGGACAGGCACAGCGCCUUCGUGCCGGAGACGGCGAGCCGGAGGCUGCCCAGAGAGCAAGAGGAGGAGGCGGCAAGGGGAGCCGAGGAGGAUGAGGAGGAGGGAUACUGGGAGCGGGAGCUGCAGGCAGAGCGCUGGAGGGAGAGGGAGCUUCUGAGCCGCUUGGAGGAACUGAAGGGGAAGAUGAAGGAGGUGGCAGAGAACCUGCUGGGCACGGGUCACCGAGCUCAGCUGCUCGGCCGCGAGAUCACACAGGAGGGCGAGAGAGCGAGAGCCAAACAGCUGGCCGAACAAAACAGCACCAGGGUGGCCAUCGGCAACGUGCAAGCCCACAUCCAGAGUGUCGACGAGGAGAACCAGCAGCUGCAGAGGUCCCUGCUCGCGAUGGAACAGGCGUUAGAGGAGGCCGAGCUCAGGCUGCAGGCCAAAGGCUUGGAGUUGGAGGAGCUGAACAAGGAGCUGAGGCAGUGCAACCUACAGCAGUUCAUCCAACAGACAGGCAGUGGUGGGGGCCACAGUCGCAAUGAGGAGGGGCCGCACAGCCCACCCACCAGUGUUGGAGAACUGGACUUCAUGACCCGACCAACAUCCAGGCACUUCCUGGGAAACCCGCGGAAUCUGCAGAACCCAGUGGUGUCCAGCCUGAACCCAGAGGGGGUAUUCGUUUGAGGUGACCCGUGUAUGGAUGGUGACUCCAGAUCCCCACCCAGGGGGCUGGAUUGUGUUGUGGGGCAGGCUGCAGACAGGGGGAGAGGUAUCUACCACCUAGUCUCUCAAACCUGUCCCAACAUUAAGGAUAAAGAUUUGCUUUACUCGUUACGUGCAGAUCGACACAUCUAAUGAAAUGGGUCGCUUGCAUCAAUGACCACCGCAGUCCGAGGAUGUGCUGGGGGCAGCCCACAAGCAUCGCCACGCUUCUGGUGCCAACAUAUCGUGUCCACAUCUUCCUUACCUCUGGAGGAAACCCACACGGUCACAGGCAGGAGAGGCAGUGGCAGGGAUCGAACCCCAUUUAGUAACUGCUGGCAUGGAAAAGCAUUAUGCUGACCGCUUUGUUACUGUGCUGCCUGAGAUGAGGCCAUUUGAUCACACGCAAUAAAAUUAACACUGCACUGUCUCCCUGUGUCUCUCCAAUGGGUUCAACAUCACUCAGCCUUCCAUCUACUGCAGGGGGACUAAUGACCAUUCGUGCAGAGAACUCAGUGGGUCUCCCUUCCCCACCUCUGUUCCCUGAUUCGGGACUCCCUGUGAGUCCUGAUGAAGGUUCUCAGCCCGAAACAUCGACUGUUUAUUAAUUUCCAUGGAUGCUGCCUGACCUGCUGAGUUCCUCCAGCAUUUUCUGUGUGUUACUGUGGAUUUCAAGCAUUGGCGGAAUCUCAUGUGUUCUUGAAUCCAAUGUCAUUAGCCUGUUAUGGCCCACCUCCCUGAUCCUCGGGGGGAGGGGGUCACCCUGUACCUUAUUCAAUCCAGCUGUCUUCCCCUUUACCCUCCCCCUCCUCUCUCACUCUCUCUUGCCCCUCUCCCUCUCUCUUCCCCACUUUCUCUUUCCCCUCUCUCUCCCCCGCCCACACUCUCUUGCCCCUCCCCCUCCCUCUUUCCCUCUCCCUCCUCAGCCCCCUCCCCACUCAUUUCCCCCCUGCCAGUGUUGGAGAAAUCACCCAGCUCUUGAAUUAUAAUGUUAACAAAGUUGUACAGAAAUCCUUAACUAUAUUUGAAAGGGAAAUAGUGAGAAUAAACUCAAUUUCUAUGUGAAUAAUGUAAAUUUUAGGUAUUUACAGUCAUUCUGUGUCUGAGUUAACUACACCGAUGUGGAAUUGGUGAGGUUAUAAUCUCAGUUCAGGUUGAUACUGACUACAGGCCAAUCCUGGAUGUUCUCCGAGAGGGAUGUUAGAUUCACGAUUGUUCAGUACACAAGUGCAAAGGAGAACAAAAUAGUUGCUACUCCAGAUCUGAUGCAACACAAACAAACAUAAUAAGAUAAAGAACACAAUAAAUAUAAAUACAUAGUUUAUGUACCUAGAUUGAUUAGCCAUCUUUCUCCCUCAGGAAUGUAGUGUAUAAAAGGUCAUGACUGGCUCAGAUCUAUCUGAUUUAAAGUAUUUAAUGUUCAAAAAUAAAUGACAAUUGAAAAUA